AUGCGGAGGCGUCUCAGCAGUUGGUCGCGGUUCCUUGGCUGCUCGCCUGCUCUAUCCAUAUCAUUCUACUUGCCUAUCAUGCCAUCUGCACGUGACGAAUGUUGGCUAAGAGCCAGCAAAAAUGACGGACGUAAGGAGACAAACAGACAAAAACAAGCUCCAUCCACACACAUAGCUAACAGUGCAUCAAUAUUGCUAUUGUGA